AUGGAAAUCACAAAGGACGGUCUACGCGUUGUGCCAGACGACGACGCCCUUCUCAUGUUUCUACGUACCAAAAAAUACGACGUCCAGAAAGCCGCGAAGAAGAUCAGAAACUACUUCCGCGUCCGCAAGGACAUGCCGGAGUAUUUCGAAGACCUGACGCCUUCCAGCAUCCCGUACCAGGCCGUGUUCCACGAUCACAAGCUCAUCAUGCACGCCAGGGAGAGGGACUCCGAGGGCAGAGCUGUUGGGUUCCUCAAGUUUGGCGCCUGGAAUAGCGACAUCUGCUCCAUGAGCAACCUUAUGAGGUGCCUCCUACUGGCCGCCGAAUGUGGUCUUCUCGAAGUGGACGCGCAACUACACGAGGUCGUCGCUGUCGUAGACCUCCAAGGCUUCAGCGUCAGCCACUUGAAGGAGCUGACUCCGUGGUUCCUUCGACGAGUCAUCCUCAUUGCUCAGGCAAGUGGAAUGCCCUUAGUAUAAACAUAGGAACAAUAAGGUCAAUACACAAUGAUAUAAUUCACGCAUGACCAAAUAGCAACAAACAGUGUCUUGGCCUUGUAAAUGCAGUCGCUUUUCAAGAGCACGAGCGCUAAGGCGACAAUUAUUUAGAGUAUAGUUCCACUUUUGUCUCUUUCCUUACAAUCUCGCAAUAGUUAGCAGGUAUAU